AUGGGUGGGGUCUCAGGAGGAUAUACAUACACAAACAUACAUAUAUAUGAUAUACAGUAUGUAUGAGAGAGAGAUACAUACACUUUAAGUCUUACAAGUUGUCCAGCUAAGCAAAAAAAUCCAGAUUUGAGAUAAAGAUCACAGAAACAGUCAUUCCAUUUUCCCUGAGGUGGGGCCCCCUUAGUAUCUCAAAUGAGUUAAGGAAACAAACUUGGUUUCUAGUACAAACGUUAAGGAAGUAACCUUAAAGUUGAUUUGAAGAGUAAAGUAGUCAACCCCCAGAUAAUACCCAUGGUUUAAUGAUUAUACCAGUUCUCAAAGGAGUACCGCAGAUUACAGUGGAAAUUAAAGUCUGCGGGGUUAGAAUUGUUUAAAUCUGCAUGGUCUGAUAUCCUGGAGCAAUAUAAUAAGAAAGGGCUUGUACAGCUUAUAACUGUAUCCUUUGAAACAGAAAUAACCGUCACAACCUAAUUAUGACAACAGUUUAGUAAAUGAGGCUGAAUCUGUAAUAGUGAACAUUAGUACUUGACUGCACAAAUAUUGUACUAUUACUCAUAUAUUAAUUAACCACAAACUAAGUUUGUUACAUGCUGAUCUCAUAGUAAUUCAUCAUUAAUGAAUCAUGAUGCAUCUUUCAUCCCAAGCAGUUACUAUAUUUGUUACUAUAUCUGUUAAUUCUGUAAACCUUUGUGAACUACUGAAGGAACAAGUAAUGAACAACACUAGUGAAAUACUAAUGUUUGUUCAUCGUUUUAAUGAAUCAUAACGCAUCUUUUAUCUUUAGUUGAUACAAAUGCUGUUGAUACAAAUAUAGUAUCUCCUCUCACACCAUGCCACUGUUUCUAUUUGUCGCAUUAUUUGGACUUCAGUAGUAACUGAGUUAUUACUGUUUGUGCCUUGUCAACUAAAGUGUUACCAUAGUAUUAGUAGUGAACAUUUUACAGACAAGCCACAAUCAGACAAAAAAGGAUCUCCUUGUUAUCCCAAAUACGAAUAAAAUAACUGUUGGAGCUAAAGCUACAGGGUCCCUAGAUUAUGGAACAUUCUGCGACUUUAAGCAUAUUAUGCUGAACUGGUCUCAGUUUGUAAAUCUCAGCUAACAACCUAUUGUAUGCUGGGGGAGUUGGGUAGCCGGUCAGACUUUUUUCUUUUUUUUUCUUCUUCUUAAUAAGGAGUUUUUGGUUCCUCUUGUCUUUUGUCUUCUAGUGGUCAUUCCCUCUUCCCCUUUUGUCUGUAUCACGAGUCAUUUGGAAUGCAUGAACUAAUAAUCUUGCCCAGUGUCUUGAGGCAAAUGUGAAAGGCACUAUAUAAAAAUAAAUAGAAUUGAAAUUCCUGUGGUCCAGCCCAGUUCUACCACUUGUCCAACGGGUCUAUUUUACUUUAUGUAUAUUUUGAUGCUAAAUGUACAAUGGUGUAGAUGUCCCUAUCGAUAUUGUGGGAUUACCAUGUUUCUUUAGGGGGUGGGGGGUUCAGGGCUGAUUUGGUCAUUUCCAGUGCUUGGAAAUUUGCAUUUCAUCUAAGAUUUGGGGCAGCAUGAUGGCUCAGUAGAUCUGAUCUCUGUUCAGAUCCCACUUCCAUUCUGCGUGUGUGGUUUCCUCUACAGGAUUUGAUAAGCAUGAAUACCAGCCUCCUUCCCACCAUACUGUACAGUGACAGCCCAUCUGAAAAGUGUCCCUCAAUGCAGACUACACAGGUCAACAGGACCAAAUAGAUACAUACUUUACAGUUGAAGGACAUUUCUAUAAACUGAAUUGUGAUCUUUACACAACUCAAAUGGACAAUCAGACACUAAGCUGGAGUAGAGAUGAUAACCAUACUCUAGAUGUGACAAGCCAACGCAUCAAAAAAAUGGAGGACUCGCUAUGGUUUUUACCUGUCAAACUUUCGGACAGUGGAUAUUAUACCUGCAGCAACAGAAGAAACAUAACAAAGAUGAUCCUUUCUGUGGAAAGUGGUUUUUGUCCACGCCAAAGUGACAUAAAACAGUUUCAGUUGGGAACCACUCGCAAACUCUCCUGCAGGCAGGACAUUAUCUUCACUAUCGGUCAGAAAGUGGAAGUGAAUUGGUUAAAGGACUGUAACCCAUUAGGUAGACAUGAUCAAAAAAUCCUAAUGCGUAACAUCACCGAGAAGAGUGCUGGAAAAUACACAUGUCAGAUAAAUUUUAUUUAUGAGAAUAGGAACUACACGGCAUCAUGGACAACCCUACUGAAAGUUAAGAAUGAACCAGUACUGCUGCCACCUAAAGUGAUGCGACCUCGAAAUGAAACUGUGGCAGUGAAAGCAGGUUUGAAUGCAGAGUUAGAAUGUAAAGCAUUUAUUGGAUUAAAUGAAAAGGCAAUGAAUGAGACUGUAAUCUACUGGAUGUUCAACUACACCUUUAUUAACCAAUACCAGGAUCUGAGUGAACGACUGGAAUUCCUGGUUUCCAGUGUGAAACAAGGGAGUUCCAAGGUGUAUAGUGUGUCCAGAUUGUCUAUUGGUGAAGUUCGGAAAGAGUUUUUCCAUGUGCCUUUCCGCUGCAUCGUUUAUAACUCUGUUGGGCGUGAUGUGGGACUGAUACAACUGACUCCAGCCAAUGAUGGAACCUUUUAUAUCCAUGUUUUAAUCUGUGUGGUUAUACCCAUGGCUGUCAUCUCGGUGGUAUACUGUUUCUUCAAGGUUGACUUGGUAUUGGCCUUCCGAGGUAUGCGGCAAGUUUUCUGCCCCAAUACAAUUUCAGAUGGAAAACUCUACGAUGCUUAUGUGAGUUAUCUUCAUCACAACAACCUGUGUUCUUCUCACGCUGAGAACUUUGUCAUGCACAUCCUGCCUGAGGUGCUAGAAGGACUGCAUGGAUACAAACUCUUCAUUAGAGGACGAGACAAUUUGCCUGGAGAGGCAAUCCAUGACAUCAUCGCUGACACUGUUAGGAAAAGCAGGAGAAUGAUCAUUGUUGUUUCAACGACAAGCCCAAAUGAUCUGGACCAAAAUGAACGACUAAACCAGUUCCAGGACGUAUUUGAACAGCAAAUUGGCCUUUAUGAUGCUCUGAUCAAGGACACACUCCAAGUCAUUCUGUUGGAGAUGGAUGAAAACAUUGACUACUCUCUUCUCCCAGAGUCAGUGAAGUAUGUAAAGCAGAAGCAGGGUGCUUUAAGGUGGAAACCAUGCAGAGGGGAUCCAACAGCUCCUCCUAACCGCCGAUUCUGGAAGGUCCUGAGAUACCAUAUGUCUGUAACAAGGUCACAAUCUGUAAUGGAACCGAUCUUACCAACUACCAAACACCCUCAGGCAGAAACCAAUCCAAUAAUGCACACUGUUUAAUACUGCAUACUAUUUUGGAAAGUUAAAUCCUUAUUCCUACUUAUGUAAAUAGAACAUUAUACCCAUUUGCCAAAGUUUUUGUUAUUCACUUUAAUGAAUGAAACCACAUGUUCUCAAAAACAGUAAAGUUCUCAUCAGGGUUGUU